AUGAAGAAAGUGGAUUACCAUCUAAAAACAAAUCCAGAAGAAGUGAAAAAGAUGAAAGAGCUUGACUUUUAUGCAGGAUUAGAGAAUAUAUAUGCAAUUCAUUAUUGUUAAUAGAAUAGCUGUAAAGUAUGAAAUAUAGUAAUUUUAGAUAAUUCCAGCAGAUGAACAUCCAUCAUUUUAUGAUUAACUGUAUACUUAGAAAAUUGGAUUGAAAGAAGUCACAAAAAGUGGAAAAGUUGAAAUACCAGAGAACUUGAAAUAAUUAUAUUAGUCAUAUGAUAUGAGUGAUCUCGAGAAAACAGAGGAUGACAUAAAGGAAGACAUUUAUAUUAAAAAGAGAGCUGACGUUUUUGUUGAUAAAAUCUUACAUGAAUUAACUCCAACUUUUAACAUAAUUCCAGAUGUUCCUUAUAAAGUUUUGGUUGGAGUUGUUGAUCCGAAAUUAUAAAAUGUGAUUGCUAAAGAAUGGAAAUAGAGAUUUCUUAGUAUUUAUGGACAUUAAAUUUUGGAGGAUGAAUAACAUAGUCAAUAACAAUCAUAGAUUUAAUGA